CACAUAUGGAAUCAUGUAGUAACUAAAAAAGUGUUCAACAAAUCAAAAUAUAUUUUAUAUUUGAGAUUCUACAAAGUAGCCCCCCUUUGUCUUGAUGACAGCUUUGCACCCUUUUGACUGGUAUAAAUAUUUGUUUUAAAAAAAUACACCCCAGACGCGUUCAAAACCUUGGGUUGCGACCCACCAGUUGAGAAUUGCUGGUGUAGUGUACCAUGGCAAGCUUAUGUUUGUGUAAGGUCUUUCUGGAUUCUAUCUGAACUGUUUAUAAUAGCAGGCCUAUAUAUAUGAUAUACCAUCAUAGGAAUAUGAUUUUGUAAUAUAUCUUUGUAAGGGAGUUUAGAAUUUUGUUAUAGCCAUACAUUCUAGAUCUUGUGUUUUUUGUUGUUGUCACUAAUCUAAGUUGAUCGUUGUCUUUCUCUAUUAGUCGCUAUAGUAAUAAGGCGUGACCACCCUUGUUUACAAUACUGCCUAUUCAAGGAGCUUACCAAUGUUUUUCACGACUGAAGCAAGGUCCGGGGUGGGGUUUUCCCCCAUCCUAACGAUAACCAUUAGAGUGGAAAAUGCAAUACUGACCCAAGAUCAGAUUCUAGGGGCAACUUCACCCUACACCAAAGAGUCGAGGGCUAAAUCGGAUGCUGCUUUUGUAGAGAACUGUUUCCCAUUUCUAAGAUUUUAUGAGUGGUCUAAAUUUGUGCAAUUUGUAUACAAAAAGCCUAAUAUUUUCUCUACAGUUUUGCACUUUUUGUAAUGAAAAACAAUAAUAAUGAUUUACAAAGUCACAAGGAAUUGUGUUUUGAACCAAGUCUGUUUGAUGGUGGUUGUGCUGGGGAAGAUAUCCUAUGUAUUUUAUUUAAAAAAAAACGUAUUUCAAGAGUCAGCCACCAUCAUAUUCUCUAUCUAUGCACUCACUGUUAUAAUGGUUAUGAUACUGGUAAAACGUACAGUUCAACUUUAAAAUAAAGUUUGUAUAUGUCACUUUCUUCCACUUCCACCUAUUCCAGGUGGACAGUCUUUAGAAAAUAAGGCGUCCAUCUGCUAUCCCUGUGGUUCUGUAGACCCUUUUUUCUGUGUGUGUGUAGAGUGGUUUUCAGGGUCUCAAUUUCUAUGCGUUUUUCUGAGGACACUGCACGGACCAGGGGUUUUGACACUCCAAGCCUAAUUCCCUCAUUCCCUCAUUCCCUCUGUUGCGUCUUGGCAUCCCCUCUCACCUGGCCACUGUUUCGUCUGGCGAGGGCCAACGGUGCCUUUCAGUUGGAGACAAACGCAUCGACGCAGCUUGAGGGGAAGCAAUGACAACAAUGAUAUUCGCUGGAGCUACGGGUUAAUUGAGUGCAUAAUGUGCUUUUCAUCUCAUUACCUAUUGAUUUAUAUGAUGGCCAAUCCGGCUCUGCGGGUGCGCCAUUGUGCGUAUGUUGAGUUUGUCUAUCCCCGCCAGAUGCGUUCAGGACAUGCAGGUUGAAAUAUCAAAACGAACUGUGAACAACUAUAUUCAUUGGGGACAGGUCGAAACUUGCUAUUGCUAGCUAAUUUGUUCUGGGAUAUAAACAUUUGGGUUGUUAUUUGAGGUCCUUUUGCUAGAUCUUUGUAGGAUUUGGAGUCACACAAAAUCAUGUGUUCUCUACUCCAACAAUUCAUCCACAGAUAAAAGGGGAAACCUAGUUUGUUUUCAGUUCUCUCUUCUUUUGAUUUUGAAUUUAUAUGGCGUUUGGCAACCAACUUUAAGGUGCAUUAUCGCAACCAACUGAUCGGGACACCUUCAUCUUUCAAUCACCCACGUGUGUAUAUGCUCUUAAAAACCAAUGAGAUGGGAGAUGCGGGACUUGCAGCGGGUCAAGUGUCAAAAAUAAGAGCCAAGUUCUAUUUUAGUCGCCUGGCUACGCAGACGCGCACGACCCGUUUGGAUGAAAUUCAACGCUCGUGCACGAAACGCUGUUGGUGUGUUCAGUAUUUUAGAUGCAAUUGUGAUAAAAUACAUAACGUUCGUUCCAGUCUACAGGUUAUCUAUCCUACGUGGAAAUUGUCAUUAUUCCACCCAUACAUGCUUACAGAAAUGUCCAAUUACGCACGACAAAGGACUGGACUGCAAUAGGACACUUUGUUUGACGCACAAGCAUACACCCACAAUUAAAGUUUACACAGGUGUUAGUUUUGAUAACAUUUUUGCUUCAUAAAUGUGACUUUGAAGUGCGAGAUGCUUGUGCAGACCACAAGUGGCACGCGCAGGCUCCGAAGCAGCAGAGAGCAAAUGGUUUUAGAUGAAUCUUUCUGGGUGGUGGAGAGAGAAGCUUCCCGCUACCUGCCUUAGUGCACGUCAUUGUCUGUCUAUGAUAAAGGAUGCAUGGAGACUUCUUUAAAUAGACAGCAGUUCAGUAAGAGCGGACUGUGAGCUGAGUUGUACUGGCGCAUUCAUACAGCUUUGAACACUCAAGAUGUGCGUCCCUGUCUAUUGGAUUCUUUUCGCGACAUCUUUGGCUCCAUCUGUUCUGUCGAGUCUGCACCCAGACUGCGAGUACAUCUUUCAGCUGGAGAGGGAGGAGCGGCGUUGUCUUCGGUACAUUGCAGAGCAGAACCACAGUACAGUUGAAAACAGUACAGUACUUUUCAACUUCGAUGCAUUGCAGAACCACAGUAUGCUAGGUUGUCUAGCGUACUGGGACUCUGUGGUGUGUUGGCCAUAUGCUGCGGUUGGGGAGACAUUCCACAUGGCCUGCCCUGCUGUCUUCUCUCUUUUUGGGAAUAACACAGCAGGUUUAGUCAGCCGAAACUGCACUAGCAACGGAUGGUCUCAACCCUUCCCCCCGUACCACAUAGCCUGUAGUGUGGAUGACAACAUUCACAUUCCAGAGGAGUCAUACUUUGCCACGGUGAAGCUGAUCUACUCCAUUGGCUACGGCACCUCCCUGUUCUUCCUGUCCAUCGCUGUGGUGAUUCUGCUGCUCUUCAGGAGGCUUCGCUGUGCCAGGAACUAUAUUCACAUCCAGCUGUUUGUCACCUUCAUGCUGAAGGCGAUGGCUGUGUUCAACAAGGACGCCAAGCUGUUCGCCAGCGAGGACACGGACCACUGCACCCUCUCCACCGCAGCUUGUAAAGCCUCAGUGGUGUUCUGUCACUACUGUGUCAUGGCUAACUUCUUCUGGCUCCUGGUGGAGGCCCUCUACCUCAACACCCUGCUCUUCUCCUCCUUCCACCACAGCCGCCGCUGCCUCUGGGGCUUUGGCCUGUUGGGCUGGGGUGUACCCGUCGUCUUCAUCGUCAUAUGGAUUGGGUCCAGGGUGUAUUUUGAGGAUACUGAAUGCUGGGACAUCAACGAGGACUCUCCCUAUUGGUGGAUCAUCAAAGGGCCAAUCGUGUUUUCUAUUGGGGUCAAUUUCAUCCUCUUCAUGAACAUCAUCAGAAUCCUGAUACAGAAACUGAACCCUCGCCUGAUCCAGUUCAACAACUCAGAUCAGUACAGACGGCUGACUAAGUCCACUCUCCUCCUCAUCCCUCUCUUUGGGAGCCACUACAUGGUGUUUAACUUCCUGCCUGACUACUUCCAUGUUAGCGUUCGCCUCUGCAUCGAGCUCUGCAUGGGGUCCUUUCAGGGGUUGAUUGUCGCAAUUCUCUACUGCUUCCUCAACCAAGAGGUCCAGAAGGAGAUCCAUAUGAGGUGGCUGAGGUGGCAGGAUAACAGCUACGGUGUGGUACUGCCCGGUGCCAAGGGUAGUCAGAUGGACACACCGUUCUAGUGCUCUUCAUCCACCUCUCCUCUUCCUCUCCAACCUCUGUGUUUUUAAUGAGUGUCUUUCGUCGAGGGGUUGGAAUAAAGCGGAAGACAAGAUUCCAUUGGAUAUCUGUUUACAUUGGACAAUAAAGUAAUGUUCUUCUUCUCCUUCCUGUGACCUCCACACAUUGAUCAUGUACUUUUAGGAGCGACUGCUGUACAUUGUGUCCUUGAAACCUACAAUGUCCUCUCCUCUCUCAUCACAAUCUCAUUUCUAAAGGGACCACCAUUGAGCUCAUCCAUUGUGUCCAGCUCGAGUUGAACUGUUUGGCGCAUUGUGAAAUUCUCCUCCUCCUCCUCUUCCACUCAGCAUCAUCUACGGUUUUGUUACAUUGAAGGACAAUGGAAGUCUAUCUCUGUGUAGCUCUGGUCCAGGGCCUUACCUUACGUUCUCUGUGGUACUACACCACGUUUUGAUGUGUUUUUAGCAAGUCAAUAUGAUUGACCUUCUAAUGGAAAAUAGAUGGUUUUAUGUAUUAAACGUGCCCCCUGUUUUUCAGGUUUUAUUCGAAUAUUAUCUCAUGAUGUGUGUUGCAUUCUGUGUUUUAGUGCCUUUUUGUUUGUGUGUUUCUCUCUUUUUGUGUUUCUCUCUCUCUCUGUGUGUGUGUGUGUGUGUGUGUGUGUGUGUGUGUGUGUGUGUGUGUGUGUGUGUGUGUGUGUGCGUGUGCGCGUGUGCCAUUGCUCCAAUGCCAUAGAUUCUGUAUGUAGUAUUAGGUCCCCUUGAGGUCCUUUGAUAUGGCUUUUUGUGGCUAUUGAUCAUAAGCAGGAGAAACACACUGCAGGAUAGAAAUUCAUUUGCCUCUAGCUGUGAAAUGGGGCCAUUUCUACUAUGAAAAUAAAUAUGGCUACACGUGCAAUGCAGAUACCAUGCCAACUGCAUUGUGUGCUGAUUUUUUUUUUUUUUUCUACUUAGGGUCAAAUGAUGUUUGAAUAAAGCUGUGUGCUCUAACGUAGGCUGAAUGUGAGGUAUAAUGAAACAGAAUUUUAAACAGAAAAUGUGGUGUCUCUUGAAAUAAAGCUACAUUUAUACUUGAACAGGCUACUGUAUUUGCAAGGAUCGAUGGUGUCUGCUAAGAGUAUCAAUCUCACUGCCUUCAAGUGGGGAUUCGUAUUGCAAGACAAUUUACGACGAUUCUACAACCUAUCUGAAGUGAGCUGGGUCUUUCCAGGAAAUGAGUGCCUUUUAGCAUCCCUUUAUGUUAAGUAAAAAAUGUUUACCAAUAUUGAAUUUUAAAAGCCUGUUACAUUGAUUGAAGUGCCCUUUACUAUAAACCACAGUUUUCUGAAGCUUGCAUUCAAUUCAGGCUUUAGUUUAGUUUCACUUGCACUUGUUCUAAAUGCUAACGUUUUAGCAUUUGUGGCACAAAUCCCAUCCAAGUCCUGGUACCGACAUUAGCAUUUUUUGCGCAUCAUAUCCAAAUCAUCCAAAAGUAUCUAAAAUUGAUAGUGAAGCUCCACAAAGUCACUUCUAGAGCGAUUUGAACAUGAUGUGCAAAGACGUGUGUAAUAU